UCACUACCUACGAACUUUACACCUUCAGAACUCGUUGUUAGAUUAGACCACGUCCGCCUCAACAAAUAUCAUUUCACUACCGUGUACGUUAGCUCUACUGUAGCAGCCGCUUCCGCCAUCUCCACCCUCUUUCUCUUUUAAAAAAAAAAUCUCAGCAUCCCUUAUCUCCAAAAAACAAAACAAAAAAAAAACACUCCGGGAAAGUAUAUUAUAUUUAGUCUCGACGGUAUUAGUUGUUUGGAAAAAUUUGUUGCUUGUUUGAGCUUUUUUUAUGGUAUAAAGUUAGUUGGAAGUAAGGUUGUAUAAGGUGAUAUUGUCUUCCUGAAAGAAUUUUGAUCCCUUUCUUGUAAAAGGAUAUGGCGCUUGUUGCUACUAUGCAAUUGUCUAAUGAACUGAAAGUUCACGAUAGUCAUGGAUGCAGUCGCCAGAACAUUGGUGUUGUAGAAAAAGGCCGAUUACAUUUAGUUCGUACCAAUCUUUCCUCGCAUGCUAUGCGACAGGAUGCUUGGAGUCUACAUCUUUUGGGCAGUGCUUGUAGGCCCAUAAGACCUGUAUAUUCCAGGUCUAAUGUCAUUCUCUGCCGAUCUGUUCUGAUUCCUACUGGGGGAAAUGAGGUUCCUAUACUAAAAUCUGCGAGCAUGUGUUUGACAAGGGCAUUUGGUAAUUUACAUGGAAGUCCUAUAAUACCUCAGUUGAUCCCAGCGGUUGCGAUUAUUGCUUUUGCUGCUUGGGGUCUUGGGCCACUUAUGCAGCUGGGCAGGGUUAUCCUUUUCCAUAGGAGCAAUAGCAGUUGGAAGAAAAGUAGAACACAUCAUAUUAUGAGCUAUUAUCUUCGACCCAUGCUGCUGUGUACUGGAGUGACACUUAUCUGCAGAGCAUUAGAUCCAGUAGUUUUACCCUCAGAAGCAAGUCAGGCUGUUAAGCAACGACUCCUACAUUUUGUGCGAUCAUUAUCAACAGUUCUUGCUUUUUCUUAUUGUUUGUCAAGCCUGAUUCAACAGGCCCAAAAAUUCUUUUUGGAGAUGAAUGACUCCAAUGAUGCAAGAAAUAUGGGCUUUGACUUUGCUGGAAAAGCUGUUUAUACUGCAGUAUGGGUUGCUGCUGUAUCAUUGUUCAUGGAGUUGUUAGGUUUUUCCACCCAAAGGUGGGUAACUGCUGGAGGACUUGGUACAGUAUUGAUCACCCUUGCUGGUCGUGAGAUAUUUACAAAUUUUCUUUCAAGUGUAAUGAUCCAUGCAACAAGACCGUUUGUUGUCAAUGAGUGGAUUCAAACUAAAAUAGACGGCUAUGAAGUUUCAGGGACAGUCGAGCAUGUAGGAUGGUGGUCGCCAACAAUUAUAAGAGGUGAUGACCGUGAAGCAGUUCACAUUCCAAACCACAAGUUCACUGUGAAUGUUGUGAGGAACAUUAGCCAGAAGACUCAUUGGCGCAUCAAGAAUUACUUUGCCAUUAGUCAUUUGGAUGUUAACAAAAUCAAUAAUGUAGUAGCAGACAUGCGGAAGGUUUUAGCCAAAAAUCCUCAAGUAGAACAGCAAAGAUUGCAUAGAAGAGUAUUUUUGGAAAGUAUCGAUCCACAAAACCAGGCUCUUUUGAUAUUGGUAUCUUGUUUUGUGAAAACUUCACAUAUUGAAGAAUACCUCUGUGUUAAGGAAGCCAUAAUGUUGGAUCUUCUCAGAGUUAUUAGCCAUCAUCGUGCCCGGCUUGCCACCCCUAUCCGCACAGUUCAGAAAAUAUACAGUGAGCCUGAAAUUGAAGAUAUACCCUUUGCUGAUACUAUUUUCAGACGUUCUGGAGCGGCUACCAACCGUCCACUUCUCCUCAUUGAACCCGAUUAUAAAAUCAACAGUGAUGACAAAGCCAAAGCUCCAACACGUGCAAACGAAGAAAUACUAACUCCAACCUCAACAUCUGACUCGAAGGGAAAUACUAACUCCGGAUCAGCAUUGGACUCCAAAGAAGACAAGGUUAUGGCUUCAUCAACCAAUAAUUCUGGUUUAAGUUCAAACGAAAGUGGGAACUCGGUGCCUGUUGGUUCAGUUGAAGUCAACUCUGAAAAGCAACUCAGUGAGAGCAAGGGUGAAACCCGAAAGACAACAAGCUCGGGAAGGGUUCCAGUACCUAAUCCACAAUCCGCAAAUGAAGAAUCCGAAAUCCCAUUGGGUGAUUCACAAGCAAAGCAGGAUGUUGAUAAUAAGCCUGUACCGGUACCAUCGGUAGCCAGGCCGGCUUCCUUGGAAGAGAACAUCGUUCUUGGUGUUGCACUGGAGGGCUCAAAACUGACCCUUCCAAUCGAGGAAGAAAUGUCUGCAGAAAUAGAGGAAAUGGGCAGUCACCAGAGUGGAAGUAGGUCUCAUUCGGUCGGCCAGGACAAGAAAGACAAUGAGAAGUCGGUAGUUCAUGGUGGCGCACCGAAUAAUUAGAGUGCUAAAUCGCGCCUGAUUGCCAUUUAUAUAUAUAUUUAUAAUGCUUAGCUGUGUUUUUUGAAGCUAGCAUUAUUGUUAUUACCACUACUAUUAUUAUUCAUUGUGUACUCAUCAUUUGUAAAUAGGUGGUUGGAUUUAAAGGGAGAACUAAGUAGAGGGGGAAAGAUACUAAGUUAGCAUUCAAUAUUAUUGUGGUAUUUUGUUAUUCAAGAAUCUGAUGACUCCAGUAGUUCCAUAUCUCGUUUUCUUCA